UAUCCCCACUUAAAUUCAGUCCAACCCAGCUCAUUGGAAACCCAACUUUAGAUCAAUAUAAAUUAACUCUCACAUAAGAAGAGCCUGAACCUUGAACUCUAGUCUUUCUUUUACACACAAAACUUCAUAAAACCAUGGCUGAAGCUCCAAAAUUCUUGGCUAAUAAAAGGAUUGCAGUUGUGAGUGGAGGGAACAAAGGGAUAGGACUAGAAAUAUGUAGACAACUAGCCUCAAAAGGUGUAGUGGUAAUUUUAACAUCUAGAGAUGUGAAAAAAGGAGUUGAAGCUAUUGAUGUGCUAAUUAAGGAGUCAUGUGGCCUCUCUAAGUAUCUUAUUUUUCAUCAACUUGAUGUCACUGAUCCUUCCACUAUUGCAAAAUUAAAAGACUUCAUCAAUCACAAAUUUGGCAAACUUGAUAUCUUGGUGAAUAAUGCUGGAGUUCUUGGAGUGCUUAUGGAUAAAGAUGCUAUUACAAGUAAAGAAGCAGCAGAUCCAUUCCUUGAAGAGCUAAAAAGAGCUACUCAAACUAUUGAUGUAGCUGAAGAAUGUAUAAAGACAAAUUACUAUGGAACAAAACGGUUAAUUCAAGAACUAUUACCUCUACUUCAAUUAUCUGAUUCACCACGUAUUGUCAAUGUCUCCUCUGCUUCUGGAAAAUUAGAGUUUAUACGCCAUGAAUGGGCUGUGGGUGUGUUAAGUGAUGCUAGGAAUCUAACAGAAGAUAAAGUGGAUGAGGUUUUGAAUGCUUUUCUUAAAGAUUUCAAAGAGGAUUUGCUAGAAAUAAAAAAUUGGCCUCUAAUUGUACCUGCUUAUACAGUAUCUAAAGCAGCCACAAAUGCUUAUACAAGGAUAUUGGCCAACAAAUAUCCAAAUUUUCUCAUCAACUGUGUUUGUCCAGGCUAUGUCAAAACUGAUAUGACCAGAAACUGUGGCACAUUAAGUGUUGAAGAGGGUGCUGAAAGUCCUGUUUGUCUUGCUCUUUUACCCGAGGGAGGUCCAUCAGGAAAGUUUUUCAAUAGGAAAGAGGUGUCCCCUUUUUAAUAAAACUUAAUUGGGACACCCCGCCCAAUGUAAUAUGUAUUGUUGUAGUAGUAUUUAAAUGGAAUAAAAGUUAACUACAAUUUGUAACGUCAUUGCCUUUGUUUUUCAUCUUUCUU